AUGCCGGCGGGGCUCUCCUGGCCGGAGGCGGCGGCGCUGGCGCUGCUGGCCCUGGCGCUGCUGGUCAUCCUGUGCCGGUACCUGUGGGCGCUGCGCUGGAGCCUCAGCCGGGACCGCGGCAGCGCCCUGCCUCUGCCCAGAGGCUCCAUGGGCUGGCCCUUCUUCGGAGAGACCCUGCACUGGCUGCUCCAGGGCUCCCACUUCCACAGCUCCCGGCGGGAGAAGUAUGGGAACGUCUUCAAGACCCACCUCCUGGGCCGGCCGGUGGUGCGAGUGACUGGUGCUGAAAACAUUCGCAAGAUCCUGCUGGGCGAGCACACGCUGGUCAGCACACAGUGGCCCCAGAGCACCCAGAUCAUCCUGGGCUCCCACACCCUGCUUGGCUCCAUCGGUGAUCUGCACCGCCAGCGCCGCAAGAUCCUGGCCAGAGUGUUCAGCCGCGCUGCCCUGGAAUGCUAUCUGCCACGGAUCCAGAAGGUUGUGAGCUGGGAGCUGCGGGGCUGGUGCAUGGAGCCAGGCUCCAUUGCAGUUUAUUCCUCCGCUAAAACCUUAACUUUCCGCAUUGCAGCUCGGAUUCUGUUGGGGCUCCGCCUGGAGGAAAAGCAGUUCAAGGACCUGGCCAAAACUUUUGAACAGCUGGUGGAGAACCUCUUCUCCCUGCCCCUCAACAUACCCUUCAGCGGGCUGCGCAAGGGAAUUAAAGCACGGGACAUGCUACAUGAGUUUAUGGAGAAGGCUAUACAGGAAAAACUGCAGAGAAACAACACAGAAGAUCACAGCGAUGCCCUGGAUUUCAUAAUAAAUGGUGCCAAGGAGCAUGGCAAAGAAUUCACCAUGCAGGAGCUAAAGGAGUCAGCAAUUGAGCUCAUAUUUGCUGCUUUUUUCACCACGGCUAGUGCCAGCACCUCUCUGAUCCUCCUGCUACUGAAGCAUCCCUCAGUGAUUGAAAAAAUAAGGCAGGAGCUGCUGUCCCAUGAGAUGUACCAGCAGUGUGAACACUGCCCUGCGGGACACUGCCUGGACACCCUUAGCACCCAGAGCAGGGACAGCAAGAAGCCACUUACCUGCCCCACGGCCAAAGAUGCUCAUGAGGAUCAGAGCCAGCCCCCAGGCCCAACAGGGGCAGGUUCCCAUCAGCCCUGUGCUCCUCCAGAGCCCACGUUCCCCCAGAGCAGUCCCUGCACUGGUCCCCAGCUCCAGGCACCGCCAAGGCAGAGCUGUCGCUGUCCCUCGGACAUCAGCCUGGAGAAGCUGAGCCGCCUGCGUUACCUGGACUGUGUGAUUAAGGAGGUGCUACGGGUGCUGCCCCCAGUCUCCGGAGGCUACAGGACGGCACUGCAGACUUUCGAGCUAGAUGGCUACCAGAUCCCCAAAGGCUGGAGUGUCAUGUACAGCAUCCGUGACACACAUGAGACGGCAGCUGUCUACCAGAGUCCCCCCAGUGGCUUUGACCCCGACCGCUUCAGUGUCACCUGGAUGGAGGCUGCAGGCCGCUUCCACUACAUCCCCUUCGGUGGUGGGGCACGGAGCUGCAUCGGCAAGGAGCUGGCACAGGCCAUCCUCAAGCUGCUGGCCAUCGAGCUGGUCAGCACGGCCCGCUGGGAGCUGGCCACCCCCAGCUACCCUGCCAUGCAGACUGUGCCCAUCGUGCACCCUGUUGAUGAUGGGCUGCAGCUCUACUUCCACGCCCUGCAGCCCAGCCACGGCAGAGAGGGGUGA